AUGGAACAGUACUUGAAAGACAGUCCCACGGAAUUUACGUCUUUUGAAGACAAGAGCAAUAUGCAAGAUUCCAAUACACUUGACGACAAUAUCAACAAACUACCCAAUUUCGUAUUCAACCCUUUGCAGUUGGACUUGAGUGAGCCAAACUACACCCAAGAACCAAAUAACGAGUUUGAGCCACAACCAAGCAAUUAUGGCUUUGCCCGGUUGAAUGAUGAUAGCAGCAACAACUAUACAAGUGCUCAGAACAACACUUACUCAAAUAACGAAUACAUCAAUUUUGGGUUCGAAGGUAUAAACCAGGAUUUAAACGAACCAAAUUUUCAAGGUGGUCAACCUUUUAUAAAGAGAGAAGAAGGAUUUGAAGCGUACAACAACCGCAAUGAUACUCGUCGCGGGUCUUUUGUUGAAGAAAACAACAAUAACACUGACCUUAAUCAAACUUCUUCCACUUCGGGAUACAACUCCAACACUCAAGACUCGAAUGAUGAUUACUUGAGUCCCAUGGGGUUUGCCUAUAACCAACAACAACAAUCACAACCACAACAACCACAACAAUCACAACAACCGCAACAACCGCAACAACAGAUACAACAACAACAACAACUACAGCAGCUGCGGAACUUUUCGCCUGAGCAGGACGUGUUUUCUGAAACAAAUCCAGGAUCGUUUACGAGUGAACCUUUUAUGGACGAUGCCGCGUUUUCACAAGCAAUCUUGGGCCCGCAGCUAAGCAUACCGCAGUAUGAGAGUAACCGCAACUUUUCUCAGGGAGAAAGUGCGUCACCUCAACCCAUUUCUCCACAACUCCAAAGCUCGCAACCGUUUCUAAACCAUACAAGAAACUCGGCCAAUUUGGACGAGUUGAUCUCGCCAGGCAAAAACUUGGAGGAAAAUUCGUUUUUGACGCCGCAGUACUUUUCGCCUCCAAAUCGAAGCGGGAACCACUUCAACUCGCUAAGGUCAAUAGCUGAAGAUGUUUACGACCAGAACCGAGCAUCGGACAUUUUUACCCCGGAGCUAUCUAGACACGGAAGCAUCAGCGGGCCCGCUUACUCAUCUUCUGGAACUCAAGUGCCGCAAUCCACUUCCUACCUAUCACCGCGCUUGGACCCACUGUCAUACGCCUCGCCGGAUUUUUACGGAGGCUCAUAUCUAAAUUCUCCGCCAGAUAACCCACAAAGACGGAUUCAGCCUAUAAACCAGGCUUAUGGAGGACUCGGAGAAUUGAGUUCUUCGAUACCGAAUCAUGGGGUCAAGCAAGAAAACUGGGACGCAUUGUCUCCACCACCAUCUCAGCAAUCUCUUCUAAGCACUUCGGUCCCGGGAGGCUCAAAACAGUCAACGAUGCCAGCGUCGAGGGAAUCUUCACUAACGGUUCCAACGAAGCAACUAUCAAAGGAUGAGAAGCUAAAAAGACGAAGGGAGUUCCACAAUGCUGUAGAACGAAGGAGACGAGAUUUGAUCAAGGAGAGGAUAAAAGAGUUGGGAAUAAUAGUGCCGCCUUCGUUGCUCAAUCCCCAGUUGUGCGCCGUGCAAACAUUGCAACGUAAAAACAAUGUCGACACCAAUGACUUGAGCGACUUGAUUGGCUCAAUCAAGGUGAAAGAGACCAAGCCCAAUAAAUCAACGAUUUUGAACAAGAGCGUGGUUUACAUGAACCACUUGAACUACGUGCUACAGCAGCAGGAAAAGACCAAAAAUGACUUGUUGCGACAGAUUGAACGGUGGGAACAUCAACUCAACAUUAAAUGA